GAUCUCUACCUGAUAACUGAUUCAUAAUGGUUCGCGAAACGAAGCUUUACGAAGUCCUCGGCGUUGCUCCUGACGCUACAGAUGCUGAACUCAAGAAGGCUUACCGCAAAUUGGCUUUGAAGUAUCAUCCAGACAAAAAUCCUGAAGCCGGUGACAAGUUUAAGGAAAUCUCUCAUGCUUAUGAAGUUCUUUCGGACUCUCAGAAGCGUGGCAUAUAUGACCAGUUUGGUGAAGAUGGUCUGAAUGGUCAAGGUGGCAUGGGUGGUGGUAUGGACGCCGAAGAUUUGUUUUCUCAGCUUUUCGGUGGUGGUAUGUUCGGUGGCGGUGGCCGUCGCGGACAGCCCUCUGGACCCCGUCGUGGCAAAGAUAUUGCACACAGCCUCAAGGUCAGCCUCGAAGAUUUCUAUAUGGGCAAGACCACCAAGCUUGCACUUCAAAAGCAUGUCCUUUGCUCCAAGUGUAAUGGCCGUGGAGGAAAAGAAGGCGCUGUUCAGACCUGCCGAAACUGCAAUGGUCAAGGUGUCAAGGUCAGUCUCCGUCAAAUGGGCCCUAUGGUACAACAAAUUCAGCAACCUUGCCACGAAUGCCGUGGUGAAGGUCAAAUCAUUAACGAGAAGGACCGUUGUACUGCUUGCCAUGGUAAAAAGAUCAUUUCUGAGCGCAAGGUUCUUGAAGUCUUUAUUGACAAGGGUAUGAAGAAUGGCCAGAAGAUCACUUUUGCCGGUGAAGGAGACCAAUUGCCCGAUAUUAUCCCAGGAGAUAUCAUCAUCGUUUUGGAGGAAAAGCCCCAUGAUCGAUUUGAACGCAAGGGCGAUGACCUUUUGUACAAUGCUAAGAUCGACUUGCUCACUGCUCUUGCUGGUGGUCAAUUUGCCAUCACUCACCUGGACGGUCGUGUUCUCCUCGUCAAUAUUCUUCCUGGUGAAACCAUUAAGAAUGGUCAAAUGAAGAUGAUUCCCAAUGAAGGUAUGCCUACCUACCGCCACCAUAACACUGGCAACCUUUAUAUCCGAUUCGAUGUCGAUUUCCCUCAACCAAACUGGACCGAUGAAGAGAAAAUCAAACAGUUGGAGAACAUCUUGCCUCCCCGCCAAGCUCUUCCCGAUGUCCAAGGAAAGCAAGUUGAAGAAGUUGUCCUUGCCAACGUCGAUGAAUACCAGAGUGCAAGAAUGGAUAGCGCUGGAUUUGAGGAUGAUGACGAAGAAGGAGGUCAACAUGGUCCAGGCGUUCAGUGCGCACAACAGUAAUUCCAGUAAACUCGAUAGAUCGCCAGUUGAUGCACUUAAAUAUUGGCUUACCAUCAAGCGACAUUCACCAAAUAGUGAAAACAUACUUUUUUUUUUUCAAUUCAAAACUUUCUCCAUUUCAGGACAAUAUCAAAUCAGAAGAAGAGGCUGUUCAUUAGUGUUACCUGCUUCCUUUUAUUUUUCAGUCUGUUUGAUUCCUCAUUUUUCAACGGCAUGUACUUUUUUCCCCUUCUUUCUAUCUCCCCUUUUUAUGUCAUCAAUGUGUUAGAGUUAGUGCACGAAAUAUAUGAGCGUAGAGAAGAAUGCAUCUUGUUUUUCUGUGAUAAAUGUAUGUUUGACGUAGCUUUUUCAAUCGAUAUAUGUCACUAUUUACAUGUAGGAGUACCAUAAUGCGCAAAACAGAAAAGAAAUAAUAGAGGGAAGACCAUAGCAAAC